AUGACAACACCUCAACGAACGCCGCUGCCUUCGAAUCUGAACUUGCUAGGGUCAGACAACUCCCGAUGGAAAACACGACCAACGCCUUACAAUCACAACGCUUUUGCCGAUGCCGGAAGGGAGCGUGUACUGCUCUACCUCCAGCCUGCCGUUGGUCGUCGUUUAGUCAUACCUGGGGAUGCGUUCGCGGCGGUGAAUAGCACAAGGAAAAUAGGGGCCGAGUUCCACAACACAAAUCCAGCAACGCGGUCCACGAUACAUGGCAAUACAAAGGCGGCGACGGUGCUGGGGGAGUUCGACGAGCUCAUAACACUGACGAAAUACCUCCAGGACGCCUGGGAGCUCCGAGACGGCCACGCCAACGACGACUGGAGGGACUGGAUGCACACGGACGUGAGUACGAUUCUAGGGCCAACACUGCCCAACGGCACCCCCAAAAGGCGCAUACUCCAGCAAAUCCUCAGCUGGGCGCACUCGUGGAUCGCGGUGCGCUUUAGAUACCCGGACCAACAUCUGGACGACGACUUUGACCCGAACGUGGGCACUUACAAAUACGCGCUCGCAUCCAAUGUGGCACAGAGACGCGCCUGGUGCGAGGCCACGAACAAGUCCAUCCACUGCUCCGAUCUAUUGACCGAUGCCCAGCUUGCGCGGGCGGCCAACUUCAGGCAGCUUGGCUAUGCCACUGCCCAGGUCCACUUUGCCGCCCAUUUCCAAAUAGUUUAUGGGCUGUCUCUUGACCAGACAGACGAGAUACUGGGCCACACGUCGAGAGCACGGCAUCAGUCCUUGCGGGGGCUGUUCACUUGGCUUCUGGCGUACGCCAACAGCUUCGUGACGUGGCGCGGGGCGAUGCUCCAGUCGAACCGGAGGGAGCGGUUCGCUGCGUCCCGGGUCUGGGCUGUCGACAGCACAGGCGCGCCCAACCCGCGGCACCAGAACUCGCAGGCCUACGCCCGAGACCGGGAGCCCCUGCUCGAGGCCGUCGACACCCCGUACCGCGCCAUGCUGACCGCCGGCCUAGCCCUCGUGGCAACGGUGACGGCUCGUGGGACCAUCACCCGCGCCGAGUUCACCUACUUCGACGGAACAGUGACCUACUUGAACUAG